AUGUUGAAAGCUGAGCUCCGGACUGUCUCGCGGAGCGUGAAGUUUCGAAAAACAAAACCGAACGCAUGGAUAUACGGCUCAUAUCGACACGCUGGAAAUCCCUGGCAGCAUCUUAAUCGUGGAUAUGCUACCGAAGCAAAAUCCGGUGUGAAAUCAAAGCCAUACUAUGUCACAACACCUAUAUUCUACGUCAAUGCAGCACCACACAUUGGUCACCUUUAUACUAUCCUUAUCGCCGAUAUACUCAAACGAUGGCAGGUCCUUAUCGGCAACGGCGACGCAAAGCUCCUGACGGGGACUGAUGAGCAUGGGAUGAAGAUUCAACAAGCUGCACUUCAGAAUGGAUUGGAACCACAGGCACUUUGCGAUAGGAAUUGCGAAACAUUCAAGAUCCUGGCUAGGGAAGCAAAUGCGAGCCACGAUCACUUCAUCAGAACAACUGAUUCUGCGCAUAAAGCAGCCGUGCAAUUCUUUUGGGAAAAUCUUAACCACCGCGGCUAUAUAUAUGAGGGUAAACACGAAGGAUGGUACUCCGUCAGUGAUGAGACGUUUUAUCCAGCGUCUGCAGUGCAUUCGACGCUUGACCCAGCAACCGGGCGUAAAAUGAUGGCUUCAAUUGAAACAGGGAAAGAAGUAAAAUUUUCUCAGGAAACGAAUUAUCAUUUUAAGCUGUCUGCCUUUCAAGACCGGUUACUAGAGCACUACCAUAAGAACCCAAACUUCGUUCGACCAAAGGUGUACAUGGAUAGCAUAGUACAGAACGUCGCAUCUGGACUGCAAGAUCUGUCUAUUUCUCGUCCUGUUGACCGUUUGUCGUGGGGAAUACCCGUCCCUGGAGAUACAACACAAACCAUAUAUGUUUGGUUGGAUGCUUUGGUCAACUAUAUUACCUACGCAGGAUACCCUUUCACCCCUGGCCGCGAACAAGAGUCCAUAUGGCCUGCGGAUGUCCAAGUUGUGGGCAAGGAUAUCACUAGGUUCCAUUGUAUCUACUGGCCUGCCUUCUUGAUGGCUCUGGACUUGCCACUGCCCCGGACAAUCCUAACACACGCACAUUGGACGAUGAACCACUCGAAGAUGUCCAAAUCUACCGGUAACGUGGUUAAUCCGAUGUUUGCCAUGGCACGCUACGGAGUUGACCCAAUGAGGUUUUACUUGGCUAUGAACGGGGGUCUUGCAAGCGACACAGACUAUGAUAAUUCAUAUAUCGUACGAGACUACAAGAACAUUCUGCAAGGCGGGCUAGGCAAUCUCUGUAGUCGGGUGAUGCGAGGCAAAGGGUGGAAUGUGAGGGAGAGCGUUGCUAGGAUGACAGGUGGGCAGCGCAGCGGAAAUGCCAAAGAUCCAUCCGAAAUUGAGCACAAGGAAUUCCUGGAGAAGGUCCCGGCCCUCGUAUCCAACCAGAUGGAUGAAUUGAACCCUCGCCGAGCGCUGGAGGAGGUAGUGAAGAUCAUCGACCAGACAAACAGAUACGUUCAAAGCACUGGGCCGUGGAACCUCGCGAAGGAUGCGGCCACCAACCCGAUAGCACACGACCGGCUGGUUGGAGUAAUCUUCAAUGCCACCGAAUCCCUCCGCAUUGCCGGCAUCCUUCUGCAGCCUUUUAUGCCCGAGAAGGCUAAGAAGCUGCUCGACAUGCUCGGUGUGGAGGAAGACCUCAGCAAGCGGUCAUAUGCUGCCGCGAAGUAUGGGGCUGAUCCUGACUAUGGGACGCCGAGGGUGCCGCUAGGAAAGGGGCAGGCAGGGACACUAUUCCCACCGCUGUUGAGCGAAGAAUGA